AUGGCAAACCAGCUUCUUGCGAGCCAUGUCGCCGAGACAAAGUCCGCUGCGACCAUACAUUACCAGAACCCUCAUUUGAAUGAAACAUCAUUCAAUUCAUACGUGGCAAACGAGGUGCAGGAAAGCACUUCAAAACCAGCCUCCCGCACCCAACCACUCCUUUCUGGCUACUUCGGCCCAACCAGUUUCGUAUCCCCUCUAACUGAGGAUGUCGACCUCAGAUCAGACGGCCAAGGCCUAGGCCAAAAUGUGGAGUCCUCACAAAGAGUCCUGCCCCCCUACUGGGUCCACAAGAUCUCCGAGGUUCUAUUAACCCUAGGCGACUUCAGCUCAGUGGAGGCUUUGAUCCGAGAAUAUUAUGCCUUGAGCCAAAGCGCCGUGAUCGCGGCACCUUUCGUGCUAAACAGCAUCAGUCCGAUGCAGGCCAUGUGCAAAGAAAGUAUAUCCAAUCAAAACCUUGAUGAUUUGGCGUCUUCUCUCACAGUGCGCAUCAUUCAAAAUACAUCUGAGAUCUUCGAAGUUCCAUCUUCGACGAGAGGGAGAGAUUUUCACACUCUCUUCACGGGUCAAACUAUUCGUCUCGAAAUUGUUGGGAUCAUGUGCGCGCUCGCCGGUCGGGCAAGAUAUCUUGGGCUCGCCCGAGACAAGUUCACAGAUGGCCAAACCUCGCGAUCUCAAUAUGCACGCAAGAUGCUUGCGGCCAGUGACGCCGCGUUGUAUAUUUGCAAAAUCCUCACGCCACUCAAUGAUCUUACAAUAUGGCUGGUACAUGAAAAUCUCCUGUUGUCAGAUUUAGUCAAUGGCGAUUCCAGCCCAUCAUGCUGGAACCGGCUCGGUGAGCUUUCCACUGAUAUCUUCGCUCUUGGUCUCCACCGAGACACCAAGAGCUCAGGCGAUGUACCAGAAUUCCUACUGGAGACACGUCGGCGGCAGUUUGCUGCGGCCUACCAACUUGACAAAAGCAUCGCCACAUUCCUCGGCAGGCCACCGAGAAUACCAUGGCGAUACGCAGACUGCCGCAUGCCUCUCGAUAUCAGCGAUGAGGCAUUAGCUACCGAUAACAUGGUCUUAGACUACUCUCAUGAUUACAUUGAUGAGAACGGUUGGAGUCUCCAUGGGGUCGUCCAACGGUCAUCAUGGAUGCGCGUACGUUUCAUCGUGAGCACAUUCCGGGAUGAGAUUCUCGAGGUUUCUCUCCGGAGAUUGACACCUGAUAUGGAAGACAUGCUUGAGGAUAUCUCCCGGCGGUGCCAUCUGGCAUGGGAGGCGCUGCCGAUCCACCUCCGCUACACCCCCCAAUGCUGGGACAACAAUCUUCCUAUAGCAGUCUGUCUCAUGAUGAUUAUCUCGUACCUAGCAUAUCUCUAUAACGACUUCCUCAUCCAGCGGCUCAUAGCCGGGAAGAACAAUCCUCGAGGAAAUCCAGCGUUGUUGGCCGUGAGUGCGGGUAUUCUGUCAACAGUUUUGACCCUAGGCACGCAGCGCGAGCAGAUGGUCGACAUACAACCUGAUUUCACAUGGACGGUCCUCUUAUACGGGUUUCCCAGUGCAAGUCUACUAAUCAAAGCGCUUCAACAUCAAAAGCGCACGGGCGAGCCAUUCCUCUACGAUUCGUCGAGAUCAGCACUGAUCCGAAAUUUGAGCGUCUUCAUCGCGCAUCUUGAGUCUAUUGCGCGCCCUGAUAACGCAAAUUACGCUCUUUUUCAGCGAGCGAGUCAGGUGUUCUCGAAGAUAAUUGAUGAGAUUCUGGAGCCGCAGUCUGUCCUCGCCGCUGAAGAUCUGGGUGACUCUUCCCUCAUCAAUUUUGAUUCAAUGAUUGAGGUCGACGGAUUGGACUUGUUUAAUAAUAUGGAUUUUGGCGUCGCCUUUAAUCAGUGGCUGUUCUAA